AUGAGACCAGUAGACGUGAACGAAACUAACGAAAGCGCUGUAUGGCAAAAACUUUACGAGGAGGAACCCGAAAAACCCAUUCGUUUUAAGUUUGAUGUUGGCGAUCAGGUUCGGAUCAGCAAGGCUAGAAGAACAUUCAAGAAAGGUUACCUACCAAAUUGGACUGAAGAAGUAUUUACCGUAACGAAACGCAUACCUCGACGACCGCCUGUUUACAGAAUUGCUGACUACGAUAACGAUGAGUUAGACGGAACAUUCUACGAACAAGAAUUGCAGAAAGUCAACAAGACAGACAGUGAUUUUUAUAGAGUGGAACAAAUACUUAGAUCACGCAUACGUAAUAAACGUAAAGAAUACUAUGUAAAAUGGUUAGGAUACCCAGAAAAGUUUAAUUCAUGGGUGGCAGCAGAAAGUGUAAAAGAUAUAUAA